UUCUGGUUACAGCCCAAGACGCUGUGUGUGUUCCAUUUUUCCUUGAGGUGUGUGUGAGUGUGCGUGAUCAGACUGAGGCUCAGUGUGUUUGCUCGGUAAUCUCUGACUGAACCAUUCAGAUAGGUGUGGGCUGGCUUCAUACCUGCAGCAGGUAUGAAAAGAAAUCCUUCGCAGUUGAGACUGAGAGGUGGGAAACUUGAGCUUUACUUGUGUGACGCACGCUCUCUGGACUCUGACAGACAUUAGACACACAGAUCUAACAGGAACAAGGACACAAGCUUUAGGCCAAGGUGCGAAAGGACACGAACGAUGAGGAACAUGCUUCAGAAUGUGAGAUAACUCGGAGGAGAUUCUUCGGCUGAUGUUGGACACAUGGGUCUGUGAUUCUAAUGUGGCAUUUCAGGCUCUGGAAUGGAAAAGAUGUUGCUGUUUUUCUCAGCGUCGCCCUCUGUUUGUGUCACACAGCCGGAGCCAUCUCAGUCAGUUCUUUCCAGAGGAGCCUCAUCAGGUCGGUGCAGGACGACGUGGUCUUCUCAGUGAACAUUACAUGCAGCUGCGUCCCAACGAUACAAUGGACCUUCAUGUCAGCAGCAGUGAGCCGUACCAUAGGGUCGUGGCAGCCGGGGGUGUACACCAACAUAACCGUGGAUUACAGCAACAGGGUGAAGGUCUGUGAUGAUGGCUCCAUGGGCCUGUCGGACCUCCGGCUGCAGGACGCAGGGUACUACGUGGUCACAGUUGAAGACUCAGCAGGAAACAGCAAAGAUCUCGGUUUUGUCCUGAAAGUGAAUGAGGUUCUGUACGAGGACCUUCAGUACCUGUUCGUUACUGCUUUAGCUCUGAUCACUCUGGCCGGACUCCUCAUGCUGGCCAUGUGGCUGCUGCACAAGAUCUGCAGGAAGAUCAAGGCAUGGAGACGCAGGAAACAGAUGCCAGAAGCCGAUGCAACAGAGCUGCAGCCCCUUUAACUGACCAGUGGGUGCCAUGAAGACUGCGAGGGACCCGGUCGGACCUGGGACUGAUCGAACGAGUCAAAAACUGUCAUUUUUAAACAAGUCAUCAAAAUCUACAGCAAAACCUGCAGCCGGUUUACAUUUUGUACUUUUAAGUUCGCUGCAAACGACAAUGGAACGAUGUAAAUA